UUAGAGCAAUGUGUGGCAGUUUAUGUAUUUGGUAGUUAAACUCGUUUCAGCUGAAACAAAGUCAGCGAGAAACGUCAAAGCGUUUGCACUUCUUGUAAGAACAGGACCGGAGCAGACGCCGGGGUUUGACUGUCGGAGCAAAAAACACGCCAACGUUAGCUAAAUAAUGUAACAUUAGCAUUAGCAAACCUUACGUUAAAGUUUAUAUCGGUGAAAGCGAAAGAAAGGAGGCGACGGUUGCUUGAAAAACAUGGAGGAUCAAGAAGCAUUUAAAUACAGUCCAAGAAGAGGUGCUGCUAGUUUUCAGUCUCUGCCAGAGUUUGAGCCAAGCUUGCACCUUCACCAUCCUCAGGCCAACCAGACAGAUGAUGAACCCAUUUACAGUGGUGCUUCUGAGCUGAGGAAAGAUGUGCAUGCGUCCCAAGACCAUGGCAAAGCAAGAGGGACUCUACUUUCUAAAGGCGGUGACAUGGAUUGGGCUUCCAUGCCCCAACUGAAAGAUAAACUCCUGUUGGAAGAUGAGGGUGAAGACUCAGGUGAUGAAGCAGCUGUCCUCUCUCUCCCUGGUGUGUCACCUGCUGAAAGCAUAAUCCUGGAUGAAGAGCUCCUCCUGGACCAGAUGAAGGACUUCCAGAAUCAAGACAGGAGCACAGAGACUGAAGUCUGGCAAACUGACUGGCACAAGAAUCACAUGGCAGCAAUAAGUAGUGAGAAUUUUGACAGCGUCCUGAAGAUGUGUCCUGAUUUCCAUGGCUGCAAGAGCCACAUGGCAGCAUUUGUCUUAAUAAGGGAAGUGUUGGAUACAGCAGGCCGUCCAUGUGAGCAUUACAAAGUAGUGGCAUUGGGAGCUGGCCAUUCAAGCUGCAGCAAGUGGCUUUGCUACAAUGGGACAAUGAUCCAUGACUGCCACGCCAUCAUCAUCGCCAGACGGGCUCUCCUAAGGUUUCUGUACAAGCAGCUUUUGCUGUUCUUUGAUGCUGAUCCAAAUGCCAAGGAGAACUGUAUUUUUGAGAGUAGUACAGACAGCCAUCAGCUUCAGCUCAAACCCAAGAUCAGCCUUCAUCUCUACACCAAUCAGUGUCCUGAAGGAGCUGCUAAGAACUUCUACUUCAAGGGCUCCGCAGAUAACACUUGGACGCAGUUGAAGCUGCAGUAUCACGCCAAAGGCCUGCUGGUCCCUGUAGCCUAUCUUGACCCGAGUCUCUGGGGUGCCAAAGUCUGCUGCAUGUCUGGUAGUGACAAGUUGUGCCGUUGGACUGUCACUGGGGUUCAGGGUGCAUUACUGAGCCACUUCAUUCAGCCACUCUACAUCACCAGCAUGGUUAUAGGAGGCCAGAAGCGCUAUAAUGAGCAAGUGUCUGACAUCACCAACAAGAGACUCGGUGAUGGAUGGGAGCACUUUCUGCCACCAUCCUAUAAGAAACAUAGCAUCAUCUUUCUCUGUGGCGACUACGUGGGGCCUGUUGUCACCUCCCUGCAGCAUGAUGACCUCAGCAUCAACUGGUGCCUUGGUGACAAGGAUGUAGAAGUUCUGGACAGUAGCAAGGGCUUCAUCAUUGAUGGCUCUCCCUCUGUGAGUGGGCCAGGCUUCUCCAGCAGACUUAGCAAGAGAGCCCUCUACAGUUAUUUCCGCCAGGUUGCACAGCUGGGUGGGCAUAGCUAUCUGCUGGAUCUUCCCACCUACCACAGUGUCAAGGGGGAAGCCGCCGUCUACCAGACAGUCAAAGAUCUGGUCAAGCAACAGUUUCUGAAAAUCCAUGCUGGUCCAUGGAAUUCAAAAAAGCUGGUGGAUUGCUUUAGUGUUUGAACACUUUUUCAGAAGCUGGCAAUGUGCAAGUUUAUCCUAGUUCCUCUUGAGAUUUUGUUUGCUGUUGGUCUGUGUACUAAUCACCUUUUAUCAGUAAUUCAGCUUUUGUUUUAUGCAUAACAUUUUCAGUUUUGUGUAGGUGUUUGAGAAAAAUAAACGAGACCCUACUGUUAUGCACCGCAGUAAA